UGUCAGACCUGGUCAGACUCCACAGGUUCAGCAGGGAUCAGCAGCUCUGGUCUCAGGUUACAGAUUAUUAAUCUGGUUUUGAUCCCAGCUGAAUGUGUCUGUGAGCAGAACUGAUCCAUUCAGAGGAAAUCAGAACCACAGAGACGGGGUACCRUCUGUAGACCCCCUCAGGUUCUUUUCCCAGAAACAGGGUCUUAGAUUCUGGUUCUCAUGAUGACCCAAACUACAGAAGGAACACGUGGACUCCAAACGGAGAAGAACAGAACCAGGAAGCUGAAGCCAAGUGGAUCCUUCACCACACUAAGUACCAUCGCCAUCCAGACCAGCCGGACCCAGAUCAUCAUCUCUGUGCUCCAGGGGUCCUGGUCCAGCUGGGGGUCUGUGUUGAGGCUGGAGCAGCUGGUGGAGACUCUGCAGGACCGGAGGAGAAGGUCUGAUCAGGUCUUCAGACUGCAGGUCCAACAUGCUGAGGGGGUCUGGACGAUGAAGGAAGAGUCCAGAAGAACCGGUUCUGAAGUCAGACACAACUUUCAGCUUCUAGACCCACAAGACUGGAGUCACCUGGACCAGAACCUGCAGUCAGAGUCCAGCUCAGACCCAAGUGGAAAACUGGAACUUGAUGAGACCUCUCAGGAGUCAGGAUCCACUUCAGACCUGCAGGCUGAAUUCAGGACCAACCAGGAACUAAAACCUGUGUCAGAAGGACCCAGAAAUCCAGACCUGCAUCCUGGGUCAGGAUCACAGCAGACCACGGACCUUCAGUCUGGAUCAGGACCUGAUAUGAAACCAGAAUCUGGGUCUCAUAAAAUGUUCGGUUGGGGUUCCAGAUCAGAUCUGAAGCUUAAAUCUGGGUUAGGAGAGUCCAGAACCCUGAAGUCCAGACUCAGAUCAGGAGGGUCAACUGAAACUAAACCAAGAACCCCAGAGGUGCCUAAAUCUGGAUCAGAGAAGACCAAAGACCUGCAGAAUGGACCCACUUUAGACCUGAAGACCCAUUCUGGAUCCCAUCAAACCAAAGUCCUUCAGUCUGGCCUCAGAUCAAAACUACAGAACAAGUCUGGUUCAGGUCUGCAGUCAAACUCUAGACCACAGGUGAGAAAAGAUCCAAGACCUGGACCAGAAUCAAACCAGACCAUAAAACCGAACCAGGUUUUCAGACCAGCAGAGACCAGAGACAUUCUGUCCAGUUUCAGGUCAGUCCUGAAGACCAGACCAGAUGUGAAGACUAGAUCCAGAUCAGACGAGUCCAGAACUCUAGAAUCAGGAUCGCAGGUCCAGAUCCAGCAGGACCAGAUCCAGCAGGUCCAGAUCCAGCAGGUCCAGAUCCAGCAGGACCAGAUCCAGCAGGUCCAGAUCCAGCAGGACCAGAUCCAGCAGGACCAGGAGUUCUGCAGGAGGUACCAAGAGAAACUCAUGAAGACCCUGCAGGACCUGAGGUGUGUCUCAGACCUGCUGGACUCCUGCACUCUCAUGGACCUGGGUUCAGACCUGCAGACCUCCAGGCUGCUGGACCACUUCACACAAGCAGAACCACAUUUCAGGCAGCUGGACUCACAGGUGGACCACAUGCUCCAGAACCAGACCCGUCUGAGAGGAGUCCAGGUCCAGGUUGGGGAGGACAAGGGUCUAACAGACCUGCUUCAGCUCCAGCAGACAGUGAAGAAGAAGAUCCAUCAGAGCAAGUCCAUCCUGAGCCUGAGCAGAACCUUCCACCUCACAGCCAAUCAGUUGGAGCUGCUUCUUCAGUCAGAACCCAGCAGAACUUCAGCUGGUUCUUCUGGUCCACGUGGAUCCAGAGAAGCUGAGCUGAGUUGGUACCAGGAGACCCGGCAGCAGAUCCAGAACCUCCUUCAAACCACGUGGAGGCAGAAGACAGACGUCUGUACCACCGUCACUCAGAGUGGUUCUGCAGGUUUCCRGGUCGAGCAGCUGGAGGCCCGUCUCUCCUCUCUGGACUCUCUCUGUGAGUCGUGGCUGAAAGAAGCAGCUGAACAGGAAGAGAAGCUGCUGACUCACCUGCUGCAUGAUGACAUCAUCCAGCUUCGUGACUCAUUUAAGGAGCUGAAGAAACGUUUCAGCAACACAAAGUUCAACUUCCUGAAGAAGAACGACAGGAGCAGGAACCCGAAGGCCGUCCGGAACCAGCUGCAGCAGGUGGAGGUCUUCCAGGAGAAGCUGCAGGCUCUCAGGAAGCGUGUUCAUGGUGUGACGACCCGUCUGGGCUCAGAGGUGAAGGGCGGGGCCACGGCCCGGCAGGUGGAGGACGCCUCCAAUGAGCUGCAGAGACAGAUGGGAGAGUUUGAMCAGAACCUCUGUGAACACAUGAAAACCCUGGACCUGACCUGCAGACUGCAGCGGGCCAUGGAGGAGUAUCAGUUCUGGUGUGACGAGGCCAGCGCCACCAUCGCUCGGGUCGGGAAGUUUUCUCUGGAGUGUCGCAGCACAGAGGCCGUCUCGGUUCUGUCCCGUCAGUUUGAGAAGUUCGUUUGGCCCACGGUUCCUCAGCAGGASGAGAGGAUCGGUCAGAUCACAGAGCUGGCUGUCAGGCUGCACGGUGGGGAGGAGGGGCGGCGCUAUGUCCAGAAGACGGUCAGUAAACACUCAGACAUGGUGGAGUCCAUCAGAGAGCUGAGCCACGGCCUGAUGGAGCUGGAGGCCAAGCUGAAGCUGGAGAGUCUGAAACAGCAGCAACGUGAUGAAGAGGASGAAGUAAAAGAGGGAGAAGAGAGGGAGCGAAGCAGAGAGGAAGAGAAGAAAGAAAACAGGAAGAUGAAAGAGAAAGAAAGGAUGGAUAACCGCAGCUCACAGGAAGCUGCAGACAUGCAUGAGCUGAAAGAGACAGGCCACACCCCUGAACUGACCGCAAAGCAUGAUGGGAAAGAGGCUGCAGCCAGGAGGAGGAGUCAGGAGGCAGACAGACAGAGGGGCGGGUCAGAGAGCAGACAGUCACGCUGUGGAAGCUUCACCUCCUCCUACUGCUCCACCCUCAGCAUCUCCUCCUCCCCUCUGGAGGCCAACCGCUUGAUUCAAACCGUCCACAGCCAAUCACAGCUCGUCACCGCAGAGCCACAGGCCACGCCCUCGCUGUCUGUCAUUGGUCCAUCUUUUUCUGAGAUCCAGAAGGAAUUUCAGAAAGAGGUACAGGGAGGAGGACGGGCGAGCUCCUUCUUCUGUGGCUCGGUCCUGAGUCCUCUGCAGGAUGCUUCAGGACACGCAGAGCUCCAAGAACAUGAGGCCAUGAUGGAGGACUUCCUGUCCAACGAUGAAUAYGACUGCGUGUCACCUGAUGACAUCUCCCUGCCCCCGCUGGCAGAGACGCCCGAGUCCACCAUGUUCCAGUCCGACAUCGAGGAGGGCUUCUGUUUCAGUUCUCACAGCAUCCACGUCAGCCACCAGACCCACCCCCAGGCAGAACUACCUGGUCCUGGUCCUAGUCCUGAUGUCCCACAGCAGACAGGGAAUUAUCCAAGUCCUUCAGUCAGUCUUCAUAGUAGCACAAGGUUCAGACCAGAGUCCAGGUCCUUCCAUCAGUGCCCAUCAACAGUUCCUGCUCCAAGGCUCUUCACCAGCUCUCUGUGCACCAUCCUGAAGACCAGGAGGUCCAACUCAAAUACCUUAACCCCGAGUGCUGACCUUACCCUGAACAGCCCUGAACCAAGACCCCCACCUGGGUCUAACCCAUUCCAUUGUGUUCCCCAGAGGAGCUCUUCCCCAACAACUUUUCAGGAUCUGAGUCAGAACCCUCAUGCCCAGCCUUUUGAUGGUCCUGACUCAGAAACCCACAGUCAGAACACCUCUGCAGGAGAAACUGGUCUCCACAGACCCCACUCUAGUUCUCAUAAAAACAACAGUCCAACAGAAGUUCUUCACGGCUCAGAGAGGACACCCCAACAGGACACACAGUCUGUGACAAGUCCAAGAGAAACCACAGCCCAGCGGGACCAUUGUACCAAGACCAGGACCAGUUUGGAUACCCAGCUGAACUCUGAUCUCAAGUCUUUGUUUGUAAACCAUCAUUGUGUUGAGCCUAAGGACUGUAUGUCAUCUCUGAGAGGAAACAACCCUCCAUUUGAUCCAGCUGCCAAGGCUGAAGGACACUUUCAGAGUUCCAGUCCUCCAGAUCCUGUCCCCCACAAAGACUCAAUAGAUCCUCUUCUACCUCCUGACAUCACCCUCAAAAGUUCAGCAAACCCUUCAGAUAUGAAUCUUCCACAGCCUUCCACAGACUCCAGGGACAGUCCAUUUCAGGUUGUAUCUCCCUUCCAAACCAAGUCCAGAGACAGGACUCUUACCACGACCACUAGUGUGACCCAGCAGACUGUCCUUUGCCAGUCCUCCCCCUCAGAGAGGUUCCAUUCAGACCAGGAUACCAGAGAUCAAACAGUGGACCACGUCAAUUGUACUCCUCAUCCAAACAGUGUCAACAACAAGAGGAGGAGCCUCCCCACGGUCCGGACCCUCCAUGAAUCCCUGACCUGGUCCCCUGUCCAGCAGAGUGCACCUAGUCCUAGCAUCAGUUUCAGCAGCUCAGCCCAGUUUGCUGAUCCUCCUCACGCUCAGGCUUUGUCUCGUCCUGCUAACCUGCAUGUCCCACCCACUUCCUCCUCAACACAUCUAUUAACUCCACCCAGAGACCCUGACAUUUGUCAGCCCAUGUUCAUCUGUGAGGAGAUCAGGCUUACACCUCAGAUCCAAGGGCCUUCUCUUCCUCUUCCUCCUCCUCUUCCUCCUCAGGCCCAGGCAGACUCUCUGCUACUGGGGACGGUAUCUAGACCUGGUCCUCCCUGCUUCACAAGACCCUUGUCUCAAUCCAUAGUCAUGGAGGGUUCUCCUGUGACCUUAGAGGUGGAGGUGAAGGGAACCCCAGAGCCCAGGCUCACCUGGUUUACAGGUGGAGAAGAGUCGACCAGCAGCCCAGGUCUGGUGCCGCCCUCAGAUGACUCAGAACCACCCUCAGUGGACUUAGAACCACCUUCAAUGGACUCUCUGAACUCUGUAUCACCCUCAGUAGUCUUGGUGACCUCCUUGGACUCUGUGCUGCCUUCAUUGGACUUUACAGUGCCUUCUGUUGACUCAGAUCAGUCCACCUUCCAUCCUAAUGCUUAUCGGUCUGUGGAAAACAGUUCUGACUCCUAUUUGUCAGUGGAGACCAGCCCUGACUCUCAUCAGAUGACGGAGGCCAGUCCUAGCCCUUACUGGUCAGUGGAGACCAGUCGUGCCUCUUUCCAGUCGAUGGAGACCAAUCAUGAUUCCUAUUGGUCGGUGGAGACCAGCCCUACACCUUACUGGUCGGUAGAGUCCAGUCCUGCCUCUUGCCAGUCAUCUGAAAGCAGCAGAUCUCACGGCUGUGAUCAGUGGUUGGGCGUUGAAGUGUUUGACAUAAUCAAUGAGGACUGGAACACCUGGUUUGGGACUCUAUGUGUUCUACUUUGGCUGAUGUACCUGAUCUUACUCUGAAAACUAAACCUGAGUUUAAGAUUGUGUUGGACUUUUCAGCAGGUGAAGAGGGAAGCAUAAAGAAACCUGUGUUUGGGGGUUUCUGGUCUUUAGAUGGACACAUGUAUCUGAUUAUCACAAUGUUUAAACGUUGUGACCCGAUUAUAUUAUUUUAUGAGCAUCAAACUCAAACCUGACUUGUAACACAUUUUAUUCAGCUGGUGUUUAAUAAAGUUUUGUUUGGUU